CCAGGCGGCCCGGCGCUCAGUAAUGUUUAACUCGGGACCGAAACUUGGGAGCGCGGAGUGACUGCGCGCCGGGAGCCGCGGGGCUGCACGCGCGUCUCGGCGGCUCGCCUGACUUGUGCCUGCGCCCCCGCUCUGAAAGCUCAGUUCCGAGGAGAGGCCGACCAUGAAGACACCGUGGAAGGUGCUCCUGGGACUGCUGGGGAUAGCUGCGCUCGUCACCGUCAUCACCGUGCCCGUGGUUCUGCUCAACAAAGGCACAGAUGAUGCUACAGCUGAUAGCCGCAGAACUUACACUCUAACUGAUUAUUUAAAAAACACUUUUAGAUUGAAGGUCUACACCUUGCAAUGGGUUUCAGAUCAUGAAUAUCUCUACAGACAAGAAAAUAAUAUCUUGCUAUUCAAUGCUGAAUAUGGAAACAGCUCCAUUUUCUUGGAGAACAGUACAUUUCAUAUGGCGCAGUGGAUCUUUCUCUUCUUCUUGGAAUACUCCCUGCCUUGGCUACUCUUUAGUCUCCUUUGGCGAUCCCUCCUCCUCUGCAUCCUCUUCUGUGAUGAAUUUGGACAUUCUAUAAAUGAUUAUUCAGUAUCUCCUGACAGACAAUAUAUUCUCUUCGAAUACAACUAUGUGAAGCAAUGGAGGCAUUCCUACACAGCUUCAUAUGACAUUUAUGACUUAAAGAAAAGGCAGCUGAUUACAGAAGAGAGAAUCCCAAACAACACACAGUGGAUCACAUGGUCACCAGUGGGUCAUAAAUUGGCAUACGUUUGGAACAAUGAUAUUUAUGUUAAAAGUGAACCAAACUUGCCAAGUCAGAGGAUCACGUGGACUGGGGAAAAAGAUGUGAUAUAUAAUGGAAUAACUGACUGGGUUUAUGAAGAGGAAGUCUUCAGUGCUUACUCCGCUCUGUGGUGGUCUCCAAACGGCACUUUUUUAGCAUAUGCCCAAUUUAAUGACACAGAAGUCCCGCUGAUUGAGUACUCCUUCUACUCUGAUGAGUCACUGCAGUACCCAAAGACUGUGCGCAUUCCCUAUCCAAAGGCAGGAGCUGUGAAUCCAACUGUAAAGUUCUUUGUUGUAGAUAUCAGCACACUCAGCCCAAACGUCAAUGCUACUUCCCGACAAAUCGUCCCUCCUGCUUCUGUAUUAAUAGGGGACCACUACUUGUGUGGCGUGACAUGGGUAACCGAGAAAAGGAUUUCUCUGCAGUGGAUCCGGAGGAUUCAGAACUAUUCAAUCAUGGAUGUCUGUGACUAUGACGAGUCCACCGGGAGAUGGGCUUCCUCAGUGGGACGGCAGCACAUUGAAACGAGUACCACUGGUUGGGUUGGAAGAUUUAGGCCUGCAGAACCUCAUUUUACCUCUGACGGGAGCAGCUUCUACAAGAUCAUCAGCAAUGAAGAGGGCUACAAACACAUUUGUCAUUUCCAGACAGAUAAGAGAAAUUGCACAUUUGUUACAAAAGGUGCCUGGGAAGUCAUUGGAAUAGAAGCUCUUACCAGUGAUUACCUAUACUACAUUAGUAAUGAACAUAAAGGAAUGCCAGGAGGAAGAAAUCUCUAUAAAGUCCAGCUUAAUGACUACACAAAAGUGACGUGCCUUACUUGUGAGCUGGAUCCAGAAAGGUGUCAGUACUACUCUGUAUCAUUUAGUAAAGAGGCAAAGUACUAUCAGCUGAGAUGUUCUGGCCCUGGUCUGCCCCUUUAUACUCUGCAUAGCAGCAGCAGUGAUAAAGAACUAAGAGUCCUGGAAAACAAUUCAGCUUUGGAAAAUAUGCUGCAGGAAGUCCAGAUGCCCACCAAAAAACUGGACUUCAUUAAUAUGCAUGAAACAAAAUUUUGGUAUCAGAUGAUCUUGCCUCCUCAUUUUGAUAAAUCCAAGAAAUAUCCUCUGCUCAUAGAUGUCUAUGCAGGCCCCUGUAGUCAAAAAGCAGACACUAUCUUCAGACUCAACUGGGCUACCUACCUUGCAAGCACAGAAAACAUUAUAGUAGCCAGCUUUGAUGGCAGAGGAAGUGGUUACCAAGGAGAUAAGAUCAUGCACGCAAUCAACAGAAGACUGGGAACAUUUGAAGUUGAGGACCAAAUUGAAGCAACCAGACAAUUUUCAAAAAUGGGAUUUGUGGACGAUGAGAGGAUUGCAAUUUGGGGCUGGUCAUAUGGAGGGUAUGUAACCUCAAUGGUCCUGGGAGCAGGAAGCGGUGUGUUCAAGUGUGGAAUCGCCGUGGCGCCCGUGUCGAAGUGGGAGUACUAUGACUCAGUGUACACAGAACGUUACAUGGGUCUUCCAACUCCACAAGACAACCUUGACUAUUACAGGAAUUCAACAGUCAUGAGCAGAGCUGAAAAUUUUAAACAAGUUGAGUACCUCCUUAUUCAUGGAACAGCAGAUGAUAACGUUCACUUUCAGCAGUCAGCUCAGAUCUCCAAAGCCCUGGUGGAUGCUGGAGUGGAUUUCCAGACAAUGUGGUACACAGAUGAAGACCAUGGCAUCGCUAGCAGCACAGCACACCAACACAUAUACACGCACAUGAGCCACUUCCUAAAGCAAUGCUUCUCUCUACCUUAGCCCCUGGAAACAGCAUGCCGUUUAAAGCUUAUGAAAAGCCACUUUCGUUCUCAUUAUCUCCAAACUGCAUUGUCAAGAUGACGAUCUUAAAAAAAUGUACACUCAAAUCAAUAAAUUUAAGGCUACCUUUGUGCCCAAACUUCGUAUCUAUAACUCUAGGUAGGGACUGCUAUCUUUGCAAGAGAUUAUUACCUUUCAGAAGUUUGAAUUAUUCGGUCUGGUUUUGUUUAUUAUUUAAAAUCAUUUCCACAUCAGUUGGUGAAACAACAAAUAAGAACUGCUUUUAUGAGAGUUUUGCAGAGGUUCCCUGGGCAGCAUUUUUUACUCUAACUGGACUAGUGCAAACCUUGCUCUCUUCUUUAAAGGAAUGGCAGGAUGCGGGUAGUGAUGUCACUGAAGCAGGGAUAAGAAAAGACGAGGUAGAGGGACAAGCUAGCAGGGCGAGGCUGGGAACCUCAGUCCAAGCAUGCUGACCCGACCAGGCUACUGUCAGCUAGUCAGAGAAGAGCUGUUCACAGCCAGACUGGCAGAGUUUUCUGGGAAAGACUAUUCAAACAGUCUCAGGAAAUCAUAUAUGCAAAGCACUGACUUCUGAGCAAAACCACAGCAGUUGAAUAGACUCCAAAGAAAUGAGAGGGAAACUGCCAACAAUGCAGGACCCCCAGGUGCCAGUUACGGCUAUAGGUGCUACAAAAACACAGCAAGGGUGAUAGGAAAGCAUUGUAAAUGUGCUUUAAAAAUACUGAUGUUUCCUAGAGAGAGAGGCAGCUUGGAACUGAGAUGUGAACACAUCAGCUUGCCCUGUUAAGAGAUGAAAAUAUUUGUAUUGCAAAUCCUAACUUGAAGGAGUCUUUGCAUCAUUUUUCUUAUUUCAUUUUUUUUUUGAGCAUCUAAUUAAAAGACGGUUUUAACUUCCUUGGACUUGUUUUUAAAAAUUGAAAAUAAGCUACAAACAUAUGUAUUAUGAUUCCUAUUCUAAAUACGGUGGAAUUUCUCCUGGUCAGUAAUAAAUGUGCCUUCAUUUUUUUUCAGA